UGUAGGAGCUGGAGUGGGAGGACCACGAGCACCAUUCUCUCGGAUUCCCUGGCAUCCCCAGAAGUUUCAACUCUGGAGGCAAUGGGUCGGAAGGAAGAAGAUGACUGCAGUUCCUGGAAGAAACAGACCACCAACAUCCGGAAAACCUUCAUCUUCAUGGAAGUGCUGGGAUCAGGAGCUUUCUCGGAAGUUUUCCUGGUGAAACAAAGGGUAACUGGGAAGCUCUUUGCCUUGAAGUGCAUCAAAAAGUCACCUGCCUUCCGGGACAGCAGCCUGGAGAAUGAGAUCGCUGUGUUGAAAAAGAUCAAGCAUGAAAACAUCGUGACCUUGGAGGAUAUCUAUGAGAGCAGCACUCACUACUACCUGGUCAUGCAGCUUGUUUCUGGUGGGGAGCUCUUUGACCGGAUUCUGGAACGGGGUGUCUACACAGAGAAGGAUGCCAGCCUGGUGAUCCAGCAGGUGUUGUCAGCAGUGAAAUACCUCCAUGAGAAUGGCAUCGUCCACAGAGACUUAAAGCCUGAAAACCUGCUGUACCUCACCCCAGAGGAGAAUUCUAAGAUCAUGAUCACAGACUUUGGUCUCUCCAAGAUGGAGCAAAGUGGUGUCAUGUCCACUGCCUGUGGGACCCCAGGCUACGUGGCUCCGGAAGUGUUGGCCCAGAAACCCUACAGCAAGGCUGUGGAUUGCUGGUCCAUUGGCGUCAUCACUUACAUAUUGCUGUGUGGGUAUCCCCCCUUCUAUGAAGAAACUGAGUCUAAGCUUUUUGAGAAGAUCAAGGAGGGCUACUAUGAGUUCGAGUCUCCGUUCUGGGAUGACAUUUCUGAGUCAGCCAAGGAUUUUAUUUGUCACUUGCUGGAGAAGGACCCAAACGAGCGGUACACCUGUGAGAAGGCUUUGAGGCACCCCUGGAUUAACGGAAACACAGCCCUCCAUCGGGACAUCUACCCAUCAGUCAGCCUCCAGAUCCAGAAGAACUUUGCCAAGAGCAAGUGGAGGCAAGCCUUCAACGCAGCGGCCGUGGUGCACCACAUGAGGAAACUUCACAUGAACCUGCACAGCCCAGGGGUCCGCCCGGAGGCAGAGAACAGGCCGCUGGUCUCUCAAGCCUCUGAAGCCUCAAGACUCAGCUCCCCCGAGAUCACCAUCACCGAGGCACCUGCCCUGGACCAGAGUGUGGCGCUCCCUGCCCUGACCCGGCUGCCGUGCCAGCACGGCCCCCGGCCCCCUGCCCCUGGGGGCAGGUCCCUCAACUGCCUGGUCAAUGGCUCCCUCCGCAUCAGCAGCAGCCUGGUGCCCAUGCAGCAGGGGCCCCUGGCCGUCGGGCCCUGCGGCUGCUGCUCCAGCUGCCUGAGCGUCGGGACCAAAGGGAAGUCCUCCUACUGCUCUGAGCCCACACUCCUCAAAAAGGCCAACAAAAAGAACUUCAAAUCGGAGGUCAUGGUGCCGGUGAAAGCCGGCGGCAGCUCCCACUGCCGGGUGGGACAGACUGGAGUCUGUCUCAUUAUGUGAUCCCAGGGGCCCGUGUCUGUGUCACUACAAUUUUCAGG